CCGCCAAAACCUCCCGUUUAAAAAGCCCCUGCCCCUCAAGCUCUCCUCAGUUCUCACUCUCCAUCUCCAGCCUCCGAGCUCACAAACGCAGCUCGACAGGAAACCGGUGGCUCAGCCAUGAGGUGGGGGCUUAGAAGCAGUAAGCAACAGCAGCGGGAGGCUCUGCCACCAGUAGAACAAGAGCGGCGGCGAGAGGGCAAGGGGAAGAGCAAGGCGAUCUUCUCGUCCUUCUCGCCCUUGGCGUGGCUCUCGAAGCUGACGGCCAAGAACGGCGCGGCCGCUGCUAGGCCCGGGCAUGCGACGCCCACGGCGAAGACCGCCGCUCAGGCCGCCACCGCGUUCCCGUCGUGCUUCCACAUGCCCACGAGCCCCAGCCCCGCGUCGGCGUCGCGGAGCAGCCCGGCUGAUUCGUCAUCGUCCGCUGCCGAGGCAGCUCCUGACAUCGUCCCGCGCCGCGACGACACCGGGGCCACGGCGGCGGAGAUCGCCCCGCGUCGCCGCUCGGUGGGCAACGACGACACUGGGUCCGAGGCCGCGGCCGCGCGGCAGCUGUACCGCCGGCGCCACUACUCGGUCGGCGGCGACAGCGACCUCCCGCCGCUCGGCCACCUCGUCUCCCUCUCCCGCCCCGCCUCCCCGAAGGCGCUGCCCACGCCGACGCCGGCGCCGGUGCGGACGCUGACGCCGGUGCUGCCGCCGCUGCCGUCCGACACGGACCAGGAGAAGCGGCCGCGGAGCCGCCGGCGCCGGCACCGCCGCGUGGUGAGCGGGAGGAGGUCGUUCUCCUCCGCGAGGGCCCCCGGGGCGCGCCUGGCGCCGGCGGUGCGCGUGCGCUCCCCUCGGCCGAGCAGCGCCGCGGCGGCGGUGUCGGAGCUGGAGCUGUUCGCGGUGGUGCGGCGGACGCGGGACCCGCAGCGCGAGUUCCGGGCGUCGAUGGUGGAGAUGAUCGCGAGCAAGCGCAUGGUGGGGCGGCCCGAGGAGCUGGAGACGCUGCUGGCGUGCUACCUGUCGCUCAACGCCGACGAGCACCACGACUGCAUCGUCAAGGUCUUCCGCCAGGUCUGGUUCGAGCUCAACAAUGCCACCUCCCGUGCCGCCGCCGCCGCCCCGCCGCCGCGCACCUGACUACCUGAGCCUGCCCAGCGGCCUACCACAACAGGCACGCCCAUGCAGCAGGAUCAUGAAGCAGCAGCUCGAGAUCGGCAGGCAGCCCCCGCGGGUGUCGGCAUCCAUCAUGGCGUGUCCGGAGCCGACGUGGACGCUGAUUUCCACGCAUUUUUUAAGGCGUACGUGCCGACGUGGCCUUUUCACGCGUGGCUGGGGAAAGCUGAGGGGCGUGGUACCGUGCCGCGCUCGCUUUUGAGGCGGCCUUCUUGUUUGCGAGACUUGCGCUGCGCGCGCUGGCCGACGGAACUGUUGUACCUGUACUAUGCAUGUGCUACUGUGAAAAACUACUGCUCAAGAAGAACUGUUUCUCGAGUGAUGUGUGUUUGGCUGUUUGCCAGCCCAGCUUCAGGGUCAGUUAAAUGCAAGGAAGGGACAAAAAAAA